AUGGCAGCCGCGCGGCGGCUGCUGCUGGCCGCCGCUGCCGUGGCGGCGCUGGUGGCGACGCCCGCGACGGCGGCGGCGCCGCGGAAGCCGGUGGACGUGCCGUUCCAGCGGAACUACGUGCCGACGUGGGCCGCGGACCACAUCCACUACGUCGACGGCGGGCGGGAGGUGCAGCUCUACCUCGACAAGUCCACCGGGACGGGGUUCCAGACGCGGGGCUCCUACCUCUUCGGCCACUUCAGCAUGCACAUGAAGCUCGUCGGCGGCGACUCCGCCGGCACCGUCACCGCAUUCUACCUGUCGUCGCAGAACUCGGAGCACGACGAGAUCGACUUCGAGUUCCUGGGCAACCGGACGGGGCAGCCCUACAUCCUGCAGACCAACGUGUUCACCGGCGGCACGGGCGACCGCGAGCAGAGGAUCUACCUCUGGUUCGACCCCACCAAGGAGUACCACUCCUACUCGGUGCUCUGGAACCUCUACAUGAUCGCGUUCUUCGUGGACGACGUUCCGAUCCGGGUGUUCAGGAACAGCAGCGGCGACCUGGGCGUGCGGUACCCGUUCAGCCAGCCGAUGAAGCUCUACUCGAGCCUGUGGAACGCCGACGACUGGGCGACGCGCGGCGGGCGGGAGAAGACGGACUGGUCCAACGCGCCAUUUGUCGCCUCCUACCGGGGCUUCCACGUCGACGGCUGCGAGGCCUCCGCCGAGGCCCGGUUCUGCGCCACCCAGGGCGCGCGGUGGUGGGACCAGCCGGAGUUCCGGGACCUCGACGGCGCGCAGUACCGCAAGCUCCGGGAGGUCCGCCAGCGCUACACCAUCUACAACUACUGCACCGACCGCGACCGCUACGCCGCCAUGCCGCCCGAGUGCGCGCGCGACCGCGACGUCUGAGCACCGGGAGCUGAGCCGGCGGUGGUCCGACGACGUCGCCGGGGUGUGUGUGUGGUAUUGGACUGCUGGUAUUUGUGGUUGCGUGGGCUUCAGACUUUCAGAGAGGCCGUGGCACGCGUGUGUAUGUGUGUGUGAGCACUGAGCACAUACAUGAUGUGCUGUACUGUACUGUUGUAUCAUCCCAGAGCAAAAAUCAAUUGAUAUUGGCAUCUGCAUACCUGAGCCGGUAAAGAAAA